AUGCUCUCUUUCCAUCUCCCCCGCCGUGCCGUCCUCUGCGCAGUCGAGGGCGCGUCGCAUGAUCGCAUGGUGGACGUGUGGAGUCUCGGCGUGCUCACAUAUGAGUUUCUCUACGGAACCCCGCCGUUUGAAGCUCCUAACCACCCGCAGACCUACAAGCGAAUCAUGCAGGUGGAUCUGAAAUUCCCGACCAACAUCAAGGUGUCGAGCGACGCAAAGGACCUGAUCCAACGGCUGCUGGUGAAGGAGCCUUCGGCGCGAUUGGCGCUUAGAGACGUGCUCGUCCAUCCAUGGAUUCAGAAGUAUGCGCAGCGGAAGCCUCGGGAACAGGCGCUGACGACUGUAGUGUAA